AUGGAGGGGGCUCUGGAGUGUUUUGGCCAGUACGCGCACACGAUCACGGGGGAGGUGGUGAACCUAGGGGUGGACUUCUCCAUAGGCUCCAAGGGCUCGAGGUUGCCCAACAAGGUCAACUCCGUCAAGGGUCCCCGUGUGUGCUCCAAGAAGGUCCCCAACUUGGCUAAAAGGCGGUGUAGGUGGUCCAAGGCUCUCAGGAGGAUGCCCAAGAUCAGGAACCUCAGAGGGAAAGCUGGAUCCAAGGCCAAGUUGUUCUUCGUGGGGCAAAAGCCGAGCAUGACAUAUGGCAGCGAUGUGGUUGGGUUGGGUCCUCGUGAAGUUCACAAGCUCAGAGUCUUGGGGGCUAAGGCGCUUGGCAUCUGGUGCCCAGGGGCCCCCAUCGACCUCAUCUGGGCCACGGAGAGCUCGAAGGACCCGAUCAGCCAUGCUGGUGACACUAUUGUAAGAUAUGCUCGUGAAUGGUGGGAGGCCACAGACCCGCAGCUACGGGCGUCUGAUGGCUUAAGUGCUGGCACCCUCACCAAAGCUUUUCAUGCGUGUCUAGAGAAGUUGAUCGCGACACCACCGUCUUUAGGAUGGCGCAGAAGAGGCACGCACCCGAUUUUGGACGCUCUGCUGUGGGGCGUCGAGGCCGGGUGGAUUUUCAAUAACCAGGCCAGCUUCACCUCAGCGAGCGGGAUCCCUGUCGGCUUGACGGACUCGCCGCCAGAGCUUGUGCGCAAGUUUUUCGUUCAGGAUAUCAAGCGGAAGUAUUUGGCUGAGAGCGUCAACAUGUUAGUUCAGUUCUGUGAGGCAAUUGAUUCCGUGUGGCACAGGAUCUGGAUUUGCCCUCAGGGGGCCUCUGUUAGGAUUGCGCUGGAUCAGGACCUUCUCGAGGAGGCCAUCUCGGCGGGCGAGCAGGACCCGCUGUACAGCUCGCUGUGGGUCCCUGUGCCCGAGCUCGAGCUGGAGCCCCCAGUUGAGGAUUUUAUCAGAUAUUUCGACGCGAAUGGGCCGAUCGACCCGUUCACACUCCCGCACAACGCCAAGGUUUUCUCGGACGGUUCGGUCUGGGACCCAAAAACUGAUGUGGGAGCCCGUGGGGGCUGGGCAGCUGUCGAGGUGGACGGGGACGGGAACCUGAUCAGGGGCCUGAUGGGCUCCAUCCCUCGGGGGCUUCCCCAAACUGCAGUGCUGGCCGAGCACCAUGGGUUUAUGCACACGAUCGAGCACCAGGACCAGGACCCCCCCCCUGAGGAAGAGGCCGAGUUGAACGCGUUCGUGGAUUGCUCUGCUCUUAUCUGGGGCUCCAAGGACUUGUCGAAGGCCUCGAGGGGUACCACGGUACAGAGCGGCCACUGGAGGCGGAUCAAGCGGGUGGCCCCCAGGGCCUGGACUAUCCACAAAGUGAAAGCCCAUUUAGAGGAAGACUCGGAGGCCCAACCCAGGGUGGCCAGGGUGCUGGCCACAGGGCAGGGCAUUCUUUUCUGCAACAGAUGUGGUAGCUACACCACUGGCCGCCACCCCAAAGACCUAGUGGGUGGCUGCUUUAAUGUUAAGAAGAAGCAGGCGAGGCCACUGGGGCCAGAGGCGCCGCAGGCGGACCCGGCCAAUGACCAGGGCUGCUGGCCACGGGGCGGCAUCGAAAGCGUGGCCUCCCGCGUGGCCGCCAUCAAGGACUGCGGGGCCACGAGGCAGUGGCGCGCUGCACUGGGCCUCCUGCGAGAGGCGCCGCGCUCGCGCGCGCCAGCCGAGGCUGUCGUGUACAACGUCGCCAUCGCCGCGUGCGGAAAAGGCAGGCAGUGGCAGCAGUCCCUGCUGCUCCUCGACGAGAUGCGGGAGGCGAGCACGGCGCCAGACGUCGUGAGCUACAGUGCCGGCAUGAGCGCCUGCGAGAGAGGUGGGCGGUGGCAGCAGGCGUUAUCGCUGCUCGGCGAGAUGUGCGAGACGGCGUUGGAGCCAAACAUUAUCAGCUUCAGUGCCGGGAUCAGCGCGUGCGCCAAGGGCGGGCAGUGGCAGCGGGCGUUGUCGAUGUUGAGGGAUCUGGGAGCAGCGAAGCUGGAGCAAAGUGCUAUCUCAGCUACAGUGCCGGCAUCAGCGCGUGCGAGAAAGGUGGGCAAUGGCAGCAGUCUCUGUUGCUGCUGA